AUGAACCCCGCAGACUGUACGCUCGAGACAUGCCCGAUUGAGGAUGCAUACAUCCAUUAUCAGCCCACCAUCGCUGGCAACAGUGUCUACCUGGCCCUCUUUGGGGUCUUAUUGAUUGCCCAGGCUAUUCUGGUCCCGGUCUACCGUACGUGGGGAUUUUCAGGGUCGAUGGUCGCAGGCCUGGUCCUCGAAGUGCUGGGCUAUGUGGCCCGCAUCCUCUUCCACGAUGAUCCCUUCAAUUUCGACUUCUUCCUCAUGAACCUCAUCUGCCUCAGUAUCGGACCGGUCUUCUUCUGCGCCGCCCUGUACUUUCUUCUCGGCCGCAUCGUGAUCGUCUAUCGCGGAGAGAACAUCUCGCGCCUGCGACCCAGAACCUAUGCCAUCGUCUUCAUCUCUUGCGAUAUAGUUGCUCUUGUGUUGCAGAGCAUCGGCGGUGCCAUGACCUCCACAGCGGACGAUGCCGACGGGAGGGAGACGGGCGUCAAUAUCAUGAUCGCCGGCCUGGCGUUCCAGGUGGCUGCCUUGACGCUGUUCAUUGCCCUUGCAGUCGAAUUUGCGUGGCGGCAGCGCCGUCGUUCUGAGGGACAAGUCCCCAUCGGCGAGGACGAUGUGAAAGAUCAGUAUGCUGAGAUCCGCCGCGAUAAGUGGUGGAAGGUCUUCCUGGCCGGACUUAUCGUCGCGGCAAUCACUAUCUAUACACGGUCAAUAUUCCGAGUCAUCGAACUCAACGGCGGGUAUGAUAGCGAGCUGGCCAACGACGAGGUCACAUUCAUGAUCCUGGAGGGAGCGAUGGUCUCUAUUGCGUGCAUCUGCCUGACCGUCUUGCAUCCCGGUCGGGCGCUGGGUCACCGAAAGAAGGAGGACACCGGGCCGAUGAUGGAGAUGGAGUAG